UAUUUUACCAAGUGGCAGCACAGAGAACAUAAGUCCACGAAAUUUACGUUCUCUGGCAGCGUUCCACCGAAUAUUAUUAAAAAGCGCAAUGAAAAAUAAGGAAGUAGCGAAGUUAUGAAAAAGAAAGAAUAAGGAAAACUUGGACAUUACAGCAAAUGCUGUUUGGAUAAAUUUCCACAGUAGCAUCGGUCAUCAAAACUUGUUGAAUACUUUGGGAAAUUGCAAUUCACGAGAGUAUCAAAUUUUAUACACUGCAGCCAACUGGGAGUGUAGUCAUAUACCAAAAGGUUCCGAUACCACUCUAGGCAGUGGGGAGUGCAGUGAAAAUAUAAAAUGUAUACCCGCGAUACAGAAUUGCGCCGAUUGCAGUCCAACGAUGUAAACAGGCUGGCAGAGACAUUGGGUUUCGAUGGUGGGCGUAAAUUGAUGGAGACAAUACCUAAGCAUUGGUCUAAUCAACAUGCAGUUAGUGUGGGGGAGUCGUUAACGAGAGAUAGCCAUAAAUGGAAUGGCACUAGUGUGGUUGAAUUAAAGUAUAAACCCGAACAAGUGCGGUUAAUAGAAGAAGCAACUAGGCAAACUAGUGGUUGCUACUUUGCUGAGAUAUUAAUACAAGAAUGGAGUACAAGUGGACGGAAGCACGAACGCCCAACGGUUGGUUUUCUCCUACAAUUGCUGAUAAAGGCUGACCUCUGGAAUGCUGCUGAUUUUGUGGCAGAACAUUUUCUAAAUGAACCAGCACCUGAACGCCCGUUGGAAGGACCGGGUGCAAAAGUGGACAUAUCUAUCCCAACAGAAUGUUUCGGCAGUGUGGCAGAUUUCGUAAACGACUCCGUCGGCUUCCCAGACACAGAAACAAUUAAUGAUAAUGCUAUUUUUGUGGAUGGAUUGGUGGACCACAAUCGAGAUUAUUACACGAAAGUUUCUCCAUUCAGCAAGGACGUGAAUAACACAGCACCGAAACCACCACCAAGAACACGCUCUGCGCGGCAACAAAAUACAAAGCAACUUCUCCAUCAGGAACAACAGUUACAACCACUAACACUAACAGCACAAACCAAUAAAGAAACUGCUAUUGUGGACGCUAAUGGUCAUAUUAAGAGGAAUCAGAGAGAUGAACCUGUAGAUACAUCAAAAGAGAAAACAAACUUCAACUUUUCUUUAGGCGACAAUAUAACUGCUCAUAAUAUACCAGAGUUAAGCGAUUUGCUUUUAGUUGACAGCGCUCCUCAUUCAACUGAAAAGCCAAGGGAUAGACACAACGAAAUCCCUAUGCUCUCUAUACUGUGUUGUAAUACCGCCGAAGCAUCUGGUAAGAUACCUAGUAUGCCAAUCGCUACUUCAAUAUCGAAUGAAGCAAUACCUCUUGGUCACAAUGCAACCACUACAUCUGGCAACACACCGAAUAUACCAAUUAUUGCUACAACUUCAAAUGUUGCGUCUCCUUUAAUGGCAGCAUCAUCGGGUUUGACUGCCAGCUUACCACUGCUCACUGAACUUAAUAUGGAAUCGGCAAGCGGGGAGGUUGUGAAUUCUGCAGUGCAAGAAAGAAGCUCAAGAAGAAGUUCUAAUCCGAAUCAGUUGCAACAUCAAACUAGUUCACCUUCGCAAAAUGUUUUAAGUGACGGUAGUCGCUGCAGUAGUUUAAGUAAUGAUAGCUUUGACGACGACGACGAAAACGACCUAAACGGUAUUAACAUGUCGGAUACGGGUAAUGUUGAUAUUGAAUUAGCGGAUGGAAAUUCCGGAGAUCAGAGCCUGCCAAACUUAAGUGUUUUCGGUCGACAAAGCCCAAACAAUGACUCAAGCUUGACAACGGUAACAUGUACAAGUGGUGAAAAUAGCUUUGAGCUGAGUUUGAAUGAAUCUAGCUCAACUUCUACAACCGAUCCGACUGCACAAAGAAAAUGAAUUAAUAUUCUUGAUUCUUGCAUGGGUAUUAUAAAAAAAUAGUUUGAAUUUCAACGGCAUUCCAAACAUAAAAGUAAAAAGGAAUAAUUCACUUUCCUAUUAUUAUUGGUUCUUGAUAUAUAUAAAAAAUAUACAGAUAACUGUAAUUAAAAUUGGCAUAUCCGUACGACGUUUUAAGACAACUUCCAAUUACAGCUUUCUGAAUUUUAAAUGACAAUGGAAUCUACGACAGUAUGAAUUCCAAAUCUAAAAAAAAAAAAUAUUACUGUAAAUUGUAAAAUAUAAAUACAAAAUCAUUCACCUAUACUCUUUAAAAGAAAUAAUAUUCAUUAUUUUUUAAGAAAAUAAUAUUUAUUUACUUUUUUCGUUAUUCAGGUGCAAUUAGAGAUUAAAACUACUCAACCUUUUACAAUUUUAUUUAGUUUGUAUUAAAAUGUGCUUUAAGUUAAUGAAAUUCACAUUUGUAAACUAUCGAAAAUCAUAAAAUAAUUACGAUAAACGAAAUAAUAAAAGAAGUUAAUUAAAUUAA